UUAAAUAAACAUAUAUAUUUUAAACCCUUUCGCAAAUCAUUAAUAAUAUUUAUGGCUGAUGAAAAUACCGCCGCAGCAGCUGCAGGCGGCGAGGACAAAAAGCUGUCGGAUAUUUUCCUAAGUGGCUGGAAUCUAUAUGAAGAGCUAGACGUAAGCGAGCUUCCAUUCAAUGGCAGCGAAUUUCAGAACAAGGUAAAAACUGCCUUGGGCCACUUUGAAGAGGCAACAGUGAUCGUGAAUCAAGUCGGCAUGUUCAGUCCCAACGAGCUGAUUGACGAAGUCUCCACCGAUUCGCUGCCGUUUAUGUUGUUGCCUUACUUUUUGGGGAAGCUUACCACCAAAAUUAACAAUCCCAACAGCACAGAGAUCUUGGAUCUGGCGGAAAUUUAUUUCAAGGACCAUCUGCAACGUUGCCAGGAGUACGAGCUAUGUGAGGCCCCUAAGGGGACAGUGCAAGAGGACAACAAAGUGGAAAAAAGCGAGCAGCGGGAGCUCAUGGAAGCCGCCUUUAACCGCAAUGACAAAAUUGCUCAGUAUCGUAAGAUGAAGGAAAUCGAUGAGUACAUGGGUAGAAUGCGGGCUGCCGUUCAAAAUAAGACGGCGGAUGAUGAAGUUCGCAGGGAGUUCUUUUUGAAAUAUCUGGACAAGAGCAUCAUCGACAGCAAGCACGAAUUGGAAUCGUUGUGCAUGAUGCAAAAGCUGUCCAAAAUGCGUAUUGCUCGAUUGGCAGGUGGCGAAGCCACCACUGAUGAUGAUACUCCAUCCACAUCUGGCAAACCGUCGGGAUCACGAGGCCAUGGUCAUGGUCAUAGUCAUCACCACCACCAUGCACCCAAGCCGAAGCCACUGCAACCAUUUAUCAUCACACGUAAUGCUACACAGAAGGCCGUUUUUGGCUUGGGCUAUCCCAGCUUGCCCGUCAUGAGCGUGGAUGAGUUUUAUCAGCAGCGCGUUGACGAGGGCAUAUUCCCCGAUGCGGAGAAGUCGGCCAAAAUAAAUCAGGCCCAGGCAAUAGCGGCUGCCCGUGAUCCCAACGAGAAGGAGGAUGAGGAGAAAGCCGUGGAGGACCAGCUAAUUGAAGAGGACGAUCCAGAGAAUCUGGCGCGUAUGCGGCGCAUGGAUGAGUACAAAGAUGUGGUGCGCCGAGGGGACGGAAAUCGUCAUAAUCGCAGCUAAGGAACUCAUUUAAACUUUUGUAUUUUAAUAAUUAAAAACAGAAAAACACUACUCAACA